CUCCCUUCUGUCAAUGUCAAUGUCAUUCAUAACCCGUAACGUAACCUCAAACACAAAAUAUAAUUCAAAACAAAAUUGUAAUUUGCUAGUAGAUUAUUUGGAAAGCAAGACUUAACAACUGAAGUUUUAGUUUUAAUAAUUCCAUCAUGCUAUCAAUGAAGAGAUUAUCAAACUUUACUGCCAGUAAAAUACAAUUAAACGUACGUUGCAAUCAGAAAAAUGGCUAUUUUGAAAGGCAAAUAAAUAAACAUUGUAGCAUAAGUGUCUCUAAGUUGUGCUCAUCAUUGUCCACAUUACAUAAUUUAACACAUAAAUCGAAGCAUCCGCAAUUAGUAAAAUUCAAUGCGGAAUAUAAAGCUGCUCUCGCACUGUUCAGAAGGUCAAACUUGCCACAAAUCUCUGCACUAUUCAAUAAUCCAUCUCGAAGCAUACACACCAGCUCAACUAGAUACAAUCAGCCAAAUGUUGAUAACGACAAGAAUAAAAAGGACAAGAAGAAACAAGAUGAUGCCACAUUGUCCUCAUUAUUUAUGAAAGCCGCAUUUUGGAUGAUUGCGACAAGCAUUUUUAUCAUAAUGAGCAGUUUAAUGGUUCCCGCCGACAGUUCUUCACCAAAUGAGGUUGUUCGAUAUGUUUCAUGGAAUGAAUUUGUGUACAAUAUGUUGGCCAAGGGGGAAGUGGAACAACUAAUUGUUAGGCCUGAUAUAGAAGUUGUCACUAUCAUUCUUUAUGAAGGUGCUAUUAUAAAGGGUAAGAGGGCAACACAUCGAGUACAUCACAUGAAUGUAGGUGAUAUCCACAGAUUUGAGGAGAAACUACGAGAUAUUGAAAAGAGCCUAGGUGUUAAAGAAGGUGUUAGAGUCAUAUAUGAUAGGAAUGGUGGGUUAGCCAGCAAAUUGAUUACAACUAUGCUGAUUGCGGCAUUGGUUAUCUCACUACUCUACUCCAGUAAGAACAUGAGGAUGAACAUAAAUCUUGGAGGGUUUAGCCAAUUAAGCCGAGCCAAAUUUACCUUGAUUGAUUCAAUGAGUGGACAAGGCAAAGGGGUGAAGUUUGAAGAUGUGGCAGGCCUAAGGGAGGCCAAAAUCGAAGUUAUGGAGUUUGUUGAUUAUCUCAAGAGACCUGAACAUUACAAGAGCCUGGGGGCCAAGGUGCCCAAGGGAGCGCUGCUGCUGGGACCACCGGGUUGUGGCAAGACAUUGCUGGCUAAGGCCGUGGCCACAGAGGCCAAUGUGCCCUUUCUUUCCAUGAAUGGUUCGGAGUUCAUUGAAAUGAUUGGAGGUCUUGGAGCUGCUAGAGUCCGGGACUUGUUCAAAGAGGCUGCGUCGCGGGCUCCGUGCAUCAUCUACAUAGAUGAGAUGGACGCUGUAGGUCGCGCGCGGGCUUCGGGCACCGGGUCGUGGGGUCCUGGUGGGGGCGAGAGCGAGCAGACCCUCAACCAGCUGCUUGUUGAGAUGGACGGCAUGCGCAGUCGUGACGGGGUUGUCGUGCUCGCCUCCACAAACCGCGCUGACGUGCUCGACAAGGCUCUGCUAAGACCGGGCCGCUUUGACCGACACAUCCUGAUAGACUUACCGACCUUGCAAGAGCGGGAGGAAAUCUUCGAGCGGCAUUGUAAAAGCAUCGUCUUGGAAGAAUUGCCGCCUUAUUAUCUUAAGCGGCUGGCGUAUUUGACGCCGGGCUUUAGCGGUGCGGACAUAGCUAAUGUGUGCAAUGAGGCUGCAUUGCGUGCGGCUACCAACAAACAGAACAUCGUGCGCGCGCAGGACUUGCAGCACGCUAUUGAGAAAGUUGUCGGUGGUACAGAGAAACGUAGUCACGCGAUGUCGCCGGCGGAGAAGCGCGUGGUGGCGUACCAUGAGGCGGGUCAUGCGCUCGCUGGCUGGCUGCUUGAGCAUACUGAGGCGUUGCUCAAGGUUACCAUCGUGCCGCGAACAAACCUCGCUCUAGGUUUUGCUCAGUACACCGGCUCUGAUCAGAAGUUGCACACCAAGGAAGAGUUGUUCGACCGUAUGUGCAUGGCAUUGGGCGGGAGGGCGGCGGAGGCGAUCACAUUCAACUCGGUUACGAGCGGCGCACAAAAUGACCUUGAAAAAGUUACCAAGAUAGCCUACGCUCAGGUAAGAAUCUACGGCAUGUCACCGCAAGUCGGUUUGGUCUCGUUCCCUGAUAAAGACACCGGCAAGAGUCCGUUCAGCAACAAACUAAAGAACCUCAUCGAUCUCGAAGCUCGCAAGUUGAUCGCGAACGCAUAUUAUCGCACAGAAGACAUUCUCAAGGCAAAUCAAGAUAAAUUAAUCAAUCUCGCUGAAGAACUUUUAAAGAAGGAGACUCUUAAUUUUGAGGAUGUGAAAGCAAUAUUGGGCCCACCGCCGUUUCCCAGAAAGAAAUUCAUAGACCCGGUUGAAUUUGAGAACAAUCUAAAGAGUUUAGAGCAAGCCGCCACACCGCAGGAGUCUCCCAAUGUCGGCGCACCGUCCGCAAAACCAGACAGUCGACCCGGCAUUGACCAUCUUAUAUAAACAUUAUACACCUCCACUGACCCUCUAUAUAUGGACAGGCUAUACCAUAUUUUUUUAUUAUUUUAUUUAUUUCUCAGUCAUUUUGGCU